AUGAUCCGAACUUCCCAUCGCUACGGAGAGAGUGGUGGAGGGGCAACAGCGCCACCUAAAGCACGCCGCCACAAAGCGCAGGCGGAGAACCCGUCGGCGGCCCGAAUGGAGGACCUGAACCGGCUCAUCCAGGAGUUCAGCAAGCAUGACCAGCGGGAGUACGACGACCAGCGGGCUCUGGAGAUCCACACGGCCAAGGACUUCAUCUUCUCCAUGCUGGGAAUGGUGCAGAAGUUGGACCAGAAGCUUCCAGUGGCCAACGAGUACCUCCUCCUGUCUGGAGGCGUUCGGGAGGGGGUGGUGGACCUAGACCUGGAUGAGCUGAGCGUCUAUGCCCGCGGCACAGACUAUGACAUGGACUUCACCCUGCUGGUUCCAGCGCUCAAACUCCAUGACCGCAACCAGCCAGUGACCCUGGACAUGAGACAUUCAGCCCUGGGCCACUCCUGGCUCAGCCUCCGCCUCUUCGAUGAAGGAACCAUCAAUAAGUGGAAGGACUGCUGCACCAUUGUCGACCACAUCAGCGGGACCACCAACUACUUCUUCUCUCCAACACUGGUGGCUGACUGGUUCUACCAGUCCAUAUCCCUGGUGCUGCUGGAGGUGCAGAAGAAGCCGCAGAGGGGGAUGCCAAGAGUGGAGAAGGUGGAGAGGAAUGGCACCGUCAUCUCUGUCAUCCUUGGUGUCGGGAGCAGCCGGAUGCUCUACGACAUUGUCCCAGUAGUGUCCUUCAAAGGCUGGCCAGCUGUUGCUCAGAGCUGGCUGAUGGAGAACCACUUCUGGGAUGGGAAGAUCACAGAGGAGGAGGUGAUCAGUGGCUUCUACCUCGUCCCUGCCUGUUCCUUCAAGGGCCGAAAAGACAACGAGUGGCGCCUGUCGUUCGCUCGCAGUGAGGUGCAGCUGAAGAAGUGCAUCUCGUCCAGCCUGAUGCAGGCAUACCAGGCGUGUAAAGCCAUCAUCAUCAAGCUGCUGUCGCGCCCCAAAGCCAUCAGCCCAUACCACCUCCGUAGCAUCAUGCUGUGGGCCUGCGACCGCCUCCCUGCCAACUACCUGGCACAGGACGACUUCUCCGCCCAGUUCCUGCUGGGCCUGAUCGAUGACCUGCAGCACUGCCUCGUCAACAAGAUGUGUCCCAAUUACUUCAUUCCCCAGUGCAACAUGCUGGAGCACCUUUCAGAUGAAACGGCCAUGCUGCACGCCCGCAAACUGUCCUCGGUGCGCUCUGACCCGGCCGAGCACCUCCGCACCACCAUCGAGCACGCCAAGGCUGCCAACAGGCUGACAGUGGAGCUGCAGUGGCGAGGCAGCGCCAACAACCUGCCUUCGCCACAGUCCGAUGCCGGUGGAGACAACCAGCCAGACGACCGGCUGGCCAAGAAGCUUCAGCAGCUCGUCACUGAGAAUCCUGGGAAAUCCAUCUCAGUCUUCAUCAACCCAGACGACGUGACACGGCCACACUUCCGCAUCGAUGACAAGUUCUUCUGAGACUGAGGAAUGUUCUCCCAAACCUCUGCCUCCUCCUCCUCCUCUCUGCCUUCCUCCUCGUCGCCUCUGAAACGUUAAUCUGUUCAUCUUUUUGUUUCACAGAGUGAAGUGAGAUGAUUGUCUACUUGUUUUCCAUGAUUUUUUAUUUUUAUUUUUCUACUCCCCCUGUUCCCCUAUUCCCUCCUCGUUCACUGUGUGCCCUGUGUUCUUACCUGCUGGACGCCUUUCAGAUAGCAGCAGGUUGUUUUUAAAAAUGAAGCAUGAGGCAGAAAUCCACCUUAAAAUGAAACUGUAUUCCUACGUUACGGUAGUUUAAUGUAAUUAUCAGGGAUCCUGCAAGAGAGACGAAACUAACAGCUCCUGAAAACACCACAGAAACUUGUACUAAGGGUCAAACCUGAAAUCUGUAGUAGCAACUCGGAGACAGAACUGCAAAAGUUAGCAACAGUGACAUGAAUGAUUCUGUGUAAGAACGUUUGGUCAGAGCGUUCACAACUAGUGAUUUCAUGGAUUUGCUCCUCCAGCUGUGGAAGCUUCUCAUGAUAAUUGGCGCUUUUCUACUUAGGAAUUUGGAUUUGUCCAAUAACUAAGACAUAAUUAUUUAUUACACUGUCUCGCAGUUGUCAGAUGAUACGAGCCCGUUAUUCUGUUGUCACUGGUGUUUUUCACAAGGUUCUCUCAAUAAUUCGGCGAUUUAAUAAUGAAAUUCCCAUAAUGAUAAAAUAUGUUAUAGUUCUCAUAAUAAUCAUGAUGGAAGUGAAACGUUUCCUCAUCGUUAGAAAGUAUCUCCUAGUUGUGGCCUUCACACAAAGUCCUAACUAUAAGGUACUAUGUGAUAUUCAAGCCCACUAUUAUUAUGAGGAUGUUUUG